AUGGGUGUGCCGAAGUUUUAUCGGUGGAUAAGUCAGCGCUACCCGUGUAUUAAUCAGAUACUGCAGCCAAAUGAGACGAUCCCAAUUGAUCAUUUAUACCUUGAUUUGAAUGGUAUCAUCCACACUUCUUCACACUGUGAUGAUGGAAAUCCAAAUAUCUAUGACGAAGAUUCCGUGUUUCAAACUAUCGCAACUUACUUGAAACACAUAAUCUGUCUAAUAAGGCCACAGAAAACUAUUUUCCUCGCUGUUGAUGGUGUAGCACCACGUGCGAAGAUGACUCAGCAACGGGCUCGUCGUUUUGUGUAG